UUCAAAAGAUCAGUACGUUUAGACUUCCGCGUUGGUUCUUUACUGACAUGUGUGACAAACAAGUUACAGAACUACAUGUAUUCUGCGAUGCAAGUAGUAAGGCAUACGCAAGCGUUGCUUACCUUCGUGUCAAGAUGGUAGACGGAAGCUGUCACGUAUCCUUCAUCAUGGCACGUGCUCACGUCGCUCCGCUGAAGGUGAUGAGUAUACCCCGACUCGAGUUGCAAGCUGCACUCAUGGGUGCUAGGCUAGCUCAAACCUUGAAGAGACACUUUGACACAAGCGUAACGCUAUGGUCUGACUCUAAGACUGUUUUAAGCUGGUUGCGUUCUGAUAGCGGUCGUUUCAAGCCUUUCGUCGCUCAUCGUGUCAGUGAGAUCUCCGAGAUAACCGACGUCAAUCACUGGAGGUGGGUACCAUCAGGACUGAACGCUGCAGAUGACGCUACAAGAGACACGACAAUUGAGGACAACGUGAGGUGGCUACAUGGACCACAGUUUCUUCGUAUGUCUAAGCAGUUCUGGCCAUUAGAAGAUAACGACGUAGCUGUGGAUCCUACAGACAUUGAAGUAAAAACUCUCUGCGUCUUAACAGUUGUACCUUUCGAGCUACCUGAUAUCAGCCGCUUUUCUAAAUUCUGGAGGCUAGUAAGAAGUACCGCCUGGUUUUUUCGAGCUGUAUACAACUGGUCCCACAAAGACAAUAGAAAGAAGGGUGAAUUAACAGUAGACGAAAUUAAAAUAGCAGAAAAGUCGUGGAUUAAAGAAAGCCAGGGAAACUUAUUCCAUAAUGAAAUAAGUUGUUUGAAGAAGUCUGGACAGGUUGACAAAGACAGUUGCUUGCGACAGCUGACACCUUUUUUAGACAAAGACGACAUUCUUCGCGUUGGUGGGAGGAUUAGUGAGGCCGACGCUAAUAGUGAUACUAGGCACCCCAUCAUUUUGCACCCAAAAGACAAUUAUACUCGUCUGCUAAUGCACCAGUAUCAUCAAGACGCAGCCCAUACAGGACGAGAGCUGGUCUUCAAUAAUUUAAGACAGCGUUUUUGGGUAAUUGGUGGAAGAAAUGCUGUCAAAUCUGUCUGGAACGACUGUCAAGCAUGUAAAAUAAGAAGAGCAAGACCUGACCCACCUUUAAUGGGACAACUACCCGAAGUACGACUGACAGCUGGUGGACGACCAUUCCAGUUUACGGGCUUGGAUUAUUUUGGUCCCAUGCUGGUGAAGGUAGGCUGUCAUCGUGAGAAGAGGUAUGGGGCUCUUUUCACCUGCCUCACGGUGAGGGGAAUCCAUAUUGAAGUGACACAUGACCUGUCGACUAGUAGCGCGAUUAUGGCUAUCCGACGAUUCAUAGCCCGACGUGGAUGCCCAAGACAAAUAUGGAGUGACAACGCCACUACUUUUAAAGGAGCCGACCGUGAGCUUAAGCAGUCCGUAGCAUCCUUAGAUAAGGACGAAUUACUUCGUUUUGGCACUGUAAAGGGCAUCGACUGGCAUUUCAUCGCACCCAAUGCUCCUCACAUGGGAGGCUGUUGGGAACGAAUGGUGAGAUCCGUCAAGACAGCGCUUCAUAUCACUCUAAAAGAGACGGCCCCGAGUGAUCAAGUGUUGUCUACGUUACUUGCGGAGACAGAACAUUUUGUAAAUAACAGACCCCUGACGUACGUACCGAUUGACAAGGACGACGACUUACCAUUGACACCAAACAGCUUUUUGAUGACCAAGACUGAUUCUGUUGACUUACCUGUUAGUACCUGUAAUGACGGUGAGGUAUUGCGACGAUCCUGGAGGCACUCUCAACGGCUUGCCGACUUGACCUGGAAACGCUGGAUCAAGGAGUACCUCCCAACUUUGACACGACGAGACAAAUGGUUCCAGACUGAGACACGACCACUGACUAUCGAUGACAUUGUCAUUGUGGUCGAUGACCAACUUCCCCGCAACCUGUGGCCCAAAGGACGAGUGACAGCUGUGUACCCUGGGAAGGACGGUAGGGUCCGAGUAGCUGACGUGCUGACUUCGACCGGACUAUAUAAACGGCCAGCAACGAGGCUCGCCAGACUGGACGUCCGCACUUAGAGUAUUGGUUUCCAAUACUGGAGGUGGGGAUGUUGCGGCCUCCUUGACAGGACUGCUUGCUGGCCGGAUAUAAGACGUAACUAGGACAGACGAAAGAAUUGACAAGACAGACUCGACAAGGAAAAAAGACGGACGAUUACAUAGAUAUUUAAAUUAUUAUAUUUU